GCAGAUCAUGAGGGGAGCAUAAGGGUGAGGUCAGCAGAAGAGGAGAGGCAUGAGGGGCCAGUUAUUCACUCUGAUGAUGACUCUCAUUCUGGGGAGCCUGCUGACCACUCUCAUGUGGAUCACCCAGGACAAUAAAAAUCCGAAAUUUCGGAGACACCUGCCAAAAAUGAAAAUUGCCCCUCGGUCCACUGAUUCCUGUAAAAACUGCGGAGAGAAUAUAAAGAAGGCAUUAGAGAUCUCGUUCAAAACCUGGAAAAAAAAGGAGGACAAUUUUCACAACUUUACGUUUCAGCUGCGCAGUAAGUGCCAUGGCUUUGACAAGGCCAUCAUUACCCAGACGAACACUCCGGUGGGAUCGAAGAUUGUCUAUGAUGGGGAAAAGAAGAGGAACCUCCAAGUGAGCCCAGAGCUCUUCAGCACCUUCCCAAAAGGGCAUCCCUUUUCAAAUAAAACAAGGCAAACCUGUGCUGUAGUCGGGAACGGUGGGAUCCUGGCAAACAGCACAUGUGGGAAAAUGAUUGAUUCAGCUGAGUUUGUCAUCAGGUGCAACCUACCUCCUGUUUCAGACGGAUAUGAGAAACAUGUGGGUAGUAAAACGAGCCUCGUGACCGUAAACCCAAGCAUCCUCCUAGAUAAGUAUGGGUCUCUAAUGGGACGUCGGCGUCCAUUUAUGGAGAAGCUGCGUAGCUAUGGUGACUCCAUGCUGCUCCUUCCCGCUUUCUCCUACGGUAUGAGCACCCCUGUGUCUCUGCGGACUCUCUACACUGUUGAGGACUUUGAAAGCCCAAUCCGACCUGUCUUCCUUAACCCUCAGUACCUUGAGAACCUGGCCGUCUUCUGGCGCUCUCGGGGCGUGAAGGCGAUACGGCUCAGCACUGGCAUCAUGAUGGUCAGCCUGGCGCUGGAACUUUGUGACAAUGUGCAGGUGUAUGGAUUCUGGCCGUUCAGUAGUCACCCACACAGCUUCAAAGACCUCACUAACCACUAUUAUGACAAUAAACCAGCUAAAAACAAUGUCCAUGCCAUGCCAACCGAGUUCAACCUGUUGCUGGAACUGCACAACCAGGGUGUACUACAGCUACACUUGGGGGAGUGUGAACCAGAUUAUUAUAAUUAGUCACAUGGGGAAUAGAUCCAACUACGGAGAUACAUAAUCUUCUUCUAAAUUAAACUUCUUCUUGAAGGCAAACUGGCUUAAAUCGGAUUCAGUUAGUUCUGCAGUAGCGCAUCAACUGCAGGUUGCUAAAGUGCGAGCCUCCAGAAGUGACAAAGACUACUAGAUAGGUGUCAAAAUGUUUUCAGAAAGGACUGAACAAGAGUCUGUUUGCCUCUGAUUUAAGUCUGUUUGCUCUUGCAAACCCCAUUUGUUUAACUGGCUUCUGACGCAUCUUGAGCAAAUCUUUGUGACUUUCCGCACAAUAGUACAAUUAUGCCUGAUACAACUGCUAUGUUUUGUCAUAACCAGUAAGAUUAUCAUGCCUUGUUCCAGAAUUGGUUGCAAUCUUCUUUUAGAGAAUGUUUUACUAUAUGUGUUAAAAUGUAUCCUGUAUUAAUUAAUUUUGUUUCCAGAGGAAAAUCAUUUUAUUUCAGUUGGUUUUACUGAUAAAUCUGCUAUUUGUAAUAUUCCAAGACUGGAAAAAAAAAAUGUUUCUUACAUUUAUUUUCUUUUUCCUAAUGGUUAUGAGUUUCACUGUUACAUUAAUUUUUUGUGUGUUUACUUGGGUUGGAAUAAUUAAACCCCCUUGAAGGAAAAUAAAGCAAGCUUGGGUAAAUAAA